UGAUGGAAUGGCGAGGCGUAACCACAACCAAUGUCUAUGUUGCCAAUUUCUUCUUUGCAGCAGCUUUUGGACUGGUAGUUACUGCGCAAUGGGAGCUUUCGGUUGGUAACGGCUUCGCGUAUACUGUGUUCAGCGCGUUUGGACUCUUCUAUGCCGGGUAUGCCGCUAUUUUGACACCAUCAUUUGGUAUCACAGCUGCCUAUGGAGACGAUACUGUGCAGCUUAAUAACGCGCUUGGAUUCUUCAUGAUACUGUGGACUGUAUUCGUCCUGACCUUCCUCGUCGCAUCACUCCCUACGAACUUAGUGUACAUCGGGAUAUUCUUUACCGUAGAUCUCGGGUUUUUGUUCGUCGCAGCAAGUUAUUUCGCAGAUGCAGAUGGGCACCCAGGCUCCGCUAUCGCGCUGAAAAAAGCGGGAGGGGUGUUCUGCUUCAUUGCGGGGCUCAUUGGAUGGUACCUCACGUUUCAUCUGCUGUUGAAAGAUUCGAUAGUCGAGCUGCCACUCGGCGAUACGUCGCGUUAUUUUGCGAAAUCGCGCAAGCGCGAAUAG